AUGAACAUCCAAGGCGCCGCCUCGGCUCUCCAAAUUGCCCUAGGAAGGCACAGAAUUCCUUACUUGCUGGUCGGCCGAUAUGCCAUCGAGACUGCAUGUAUCGGUGGUGCAACGGGGCCUACCUCCGACUCUUCUGCCAUGACUCUUAACGUCCUCGUCGACAUGGACAAAGAUUACAUAGCAGACGUCCUUGUUUCCUCGGGCGAGGCGUUUGGUUUAACGUCCGCCAUAGGGCUUGUUUUCGAUCCGGAUGUUGGGUAUGUUAGCGCGGACCCAAUUUACAUCGAUAUCAUCGAAAGCGGCGAGCCCCCAUACUACUUCCCUUCCGCCGCGUAUUCACCGGGCCUCAGGCUGCCCAUCAACGCAAUUGUUGAGGUGUAUAUCCUCCACCCCGCCCUCCUUGUCAUCAGCACAGUGCGCCUUUGGAGCGUUGCGACGAAGGACUACAGUAAAUACGGAUACGUCGAAGAUUCUCGGGCGCUACUUUACUGGCUGGCCGAGCGGAAAAUCACAAUUGCGUUUGAGUUCUACGAAGAUUUGCCCAAGUCUUACCUGCUGAUGACUUUUGCUUCGUUGUAUGCCGUGCAGGAGGACAUCAGGGGAUUGCUAGAGCUCACCAUGAAUUCGGGGGAUUUUGCGGCUAUUAGAGACAAUAGAAUCCCCUACUAA